GAUGACGACAGCGAGCAGCAUGGUCAUUCCCGUGGUGCUGUGGGGCAAACACGCCCCCUCACAUUGUAUCUCUGCAGUGCUGAUGACAGCUGACCUGAAGAAUAUAGUGACAGGCUGUAAUGAUGGUCAGAUCUGUGUUUGGGAUGUGUCAGAAGACAGCGAGAUCUAUCCUCGGAGCAUGUUGUUUGGUCACACUGCAGCUAUUAGCUGUCUGGCAAGGGGAAGUAACCGGCCGGAUAAACCCUACAUUGUCAGUGCUUCAGAGAAUGGGGAAAUGAACCUCUGGGACAUCAGUGAUGGAAGGUGUAUUGAGAGUGUGAAGCUUGGCCUUGUGCACACUGAUAUUCAGGCUUACCAGUUUCAACAUGCCCGUGAUCUGCGACUCGUGUGUAACGGCUAUUACCCCGAAAUCCAUGUCAUGGACACGUUCACGUUCGACAUCUUGUUUUCCCUGCAAUCUAAAGUUUCCCCAGACUGGAUCAGUGCUUGCUGCAUCUUAAGGCCUGUGAAGCGAGAAGAGGAUGUUGUGGUUGCUAUAUCAAACUCUGGAGCAGUCAAGGUGUGGACCUUGGUGGGAAAUGAAUCCUCACUACGGACCAAGUUUGUAUAUGAGGAUGAGUCCAAGCAGAUCCGCUGUCUGAACGCCCAGACGCUGACACACUGUCCCUACAACCAGAGGACAGUCCUUAUUGUCUGCUCCAAGUACUGGCAGAUUUACGAUGCCAGCGACUUCACACUGCUUUGCUCGGAGUCCAACCGCUGUGGUCAGAGGUGGGCUGGAGGCGAUUUUAUCAGCGUGGAUCGAGUUAUAGUUUGGAGCACAGACGGGCGAGGCUAUCUUUACAAACUGCCCACAAAUGGGACAUCUAAGCCAAAAUUUGCCACGGCAGGGAGCACGGAGUACCAUCAUCACAACCCAUUAACCAGCGCUCCCCAUGCUUAUUAUGUCCUGGAUGUCUACACAGAAAAGCCCCUAGAGUGCACGCCUGCCAUGACAUACCACCUGGGUACCAGAGAUAACCACACCCGUCUGUUGUUACGCGGAGACUCAGCCGGCCAGAUCGUCAUGUGGAAGCUGCCAGAGGUCUCGGAGAGGCAGAUGAAGCUCGUGAGACAGGAGAGCUUUGACAGGCUGCCAGUCUUAAAACCAAAAGGACAGGCUAUGUUACAGACAAUCUGGAAGAAUGUCCAUCAACAACAGCCACCUGCUGGCAUCAUUGACAAACUGUGUGACGUGAAUGGGAAGUCACUGGAGGUCACUGCCACUAUCUACAUCCCUAUUCAGGGGAAGUUAGUAUGUGGGAGGGAGGAUGGCACUAUCAUAGUCGCCCCGGCCACACAGUGCAUCAUAUACCAGCUUCUGGACAAGAAAGAUCUGCGACCAGAGGAUAUUUCAAUUAUGACAUUAAACGGACACGAUGGCAAGGUCACCUGUCUGUUGUACCCGUUCAACGAAAGCACGCGUUACGAGCCUCAUCACAUGGUUUCUGGAGGCGUGGACUUCUCAGUCUGUUUAUGGGACAUCUACACAGGAACGAAGCUCUACACAUUCUGUGUGCAUGGAGGGGAGAUAACCCAGCUUCUUGUCCCACCCAACAAUUGCAAUACGCGGAUUCUGAGCUGUAUUGGAUCAGUGGCAAGUGACCAUUCUGUAACUCUUCUGAGUUUAAAGGAAAGAAAGUGCAUAUUGUUAGCAGGGCGCCAUCUGUUUCCUGUCAGAACAAUAAAGUGGAGACCACUGGAUGACUUCAUGGUUGUGGGCUGUACUGAUGGCACUGUGUAUGUCUGGCAAAUGGAAACAGGCCACCUGGACAGAGUUGUUCAUGGGAUCACUGCGGAGGAGAUCCUUAACAACUGUGACGAGAACGCUCAACCCAUGGAGAAUCUAACAAAUCCCACCAUCAGCCUGACGCAAGCGCUUAAACGCCGCAACUUCGCCACGUUCCAGAACCUGGCCAAACAGAAGCUUCAUGCGCAGCAAGCUGCCUCACAACAACAACAUGGGCCUAAGUCUGAGCUGGUCAAGCCACAAGCGUAUCCCAUGUUUGUACAGGGUGUCCGAACAAACACCAAAAAUCCUGAUGCUCACGUUGUCUUCUUUGAUACAGAGGCGCUUAUAGUGCAGCUGUUGAGUGAAGAGUACGCCCUCAUGUCCCCGGGGGAGUUAGAAGCCUUAGGGAUCCUGCCGGUACAAGGAGAGAGACAGGCCACUUCCGCUAGCACAGAUACCAUGGAUACACAAGCCAAAUUAGCAGGAUUCAUCACCAAGGUCAAGGACAAAGCAGAAAACGUAGGACAAAAGAUCCAGGCCAAGAUUGAGGCAUCUGAUUUAAUGCCUGGUGUCAGUGAGCUGGGUGUCCAGCAAGGCUCUGGUGAAGUUAAGACAUGUCCAGAGAACGAGAACAGCCCGGCCCCUCAGCGACCCUCCACCAUGAUGGUACCGGCGUUCUCCCUCACCAUGGAGAUCGCUCAGCUGCUCAUGUCGUGUUUACAUGCCUGGGGGCUGGACCCAGACCUUGAUAAACUGUGUAUAGGAAAGCUAGGCCUAGUCAAGCCAAAAUGUCCCAUUUCAUUUGGGCUGCUUUCUCGCCAGGGGCAUAUGUCCCUAAUGCUACCUGGCUGGCACAAACGCCUCUGCAAAGAAGAGUUUGCUGCAUCCAUGCCAAAACAGGUCACUGCGGCGCCCCCUGGUGGAAAAAUGACCCUAAUUCAACAAACUCGUAAAGGUUCCCUGGGAAAUAUUGAGCCAAUGACUCUGUCCACUCUGUCGUCCGGGAAGCGAAGCAUGGAUAUGUCGGCGGAGGCACAGGAGCCCGGUAAACAGCCUCGCCGUGGGAGUCUGCAAGGGGGGAUAACUUCUCCGCAGUCGGCCAAGGCUUUCCAGCCUUAUGAGAGAAGACAGUCCUUCCAGGAAGUGAUGAAGAUAUUCUCCACCAAAAGUCGCUGGCAGAUCUCGACGGCGGUAACGACCCAGCAUCUCCUGAGUGUGAUUUCUGUGGCUAACACCUUGAUGACUAUGAACCACGCCUCUUUCAUUGACAGCUGGAGAUUGGUGAAGAAAUACAUUGGUCAGAAAGUUAGCUCCUCACAUGGCAUGAUGGUGAAAGAGAUUCCAGACAAUACGCUUACUGAUGACAGUGAUGGGCUGGCCAUCCAGCAAGCUCAGAUCAAACAGGGCUGGAGUCUGCUGGCAGCGUUACACUGUGUACUGUUACCAGAGCUGGUGGGGGCGAGCCAUUAUCAAGGUCCUCAGUUAGAGAUGUUAGCUCGUCGCUGGCAGGAUAGGUGUCUAGAGAUUCGUGAGGCUGCGCAGGCAUUGCUCCUGGCUGAGCUGCGUCGGAUUGGUCCUGAAGGGCGAAAGGCCGUGGUAGAUGAGUGGUCACCCUCCCUGCCUACCUAUGUUGCUAAGCAUCUGAGUCUGUUUGGGGACCCUCCAGGGCACAGGGGAGAGCAGGAUGAUGAGGAGAUCGAUGAGGAGGAUGAUAAUGUGCUGGGAGCGGAGUCCCCCGUUCAUCGUGUUUCACAGUCGUACGAGAGUCGUCGUCGUCAAGCCACGGCCAUCGUAAUGCUGGGGGUGGUCGGGGCAGAGUUCGGCCACGAGAUAGAACCCAGCAAGAGGAAGGUGGAAGAGAGCAAGAAAAAGAAGGCAGUGCAGGAUGGAUUUGGAUUGGCCAAUUACUCCCUUGCUAGACACACAAGUAAAGCACUGACAUUCCUGUUGCUGGAGUCACCGUCACGGCGUCUCCCGGCCUACACGCCCAUCCGCAGGGCUGCCAUCGACCUCCUGGGGCGGGGGUUCACAGUAUGGGAGCCUUACCUGGACGUCUCGGCUGUCUUACUGGGACUUUUGGAGCUCUGUGUCAACGCUGACCGAUUGGUGCCCAGCAUGACGUAUGGGUUACCCCUGAGCCCUGCUGCAGACUCGUGCCGUACAGCCAGACAUGCCUUGUCCCUCAUUGCCACAGCCAGACCCCCAGCAUUCAUCAUCACCAUGGCAAAGGAAGUCGCGCGUCACAACGCCCUCGCCCAGAACGCGCAGACCCAGCACAUUAACCUUCACGCCUCCGUGUUGGUCCGCGCUAAGCAGGAAAUCCUGAGAGUGGUUGAGUUAUUGGUGGACAAAAUGCCAAAUGACGUCGCCGAUCUUCUAGUUGAGACCAUGGACAUAAUUGUACACUGCUUAGACAUAGGACAGCUACGAGUGAAAGGUUUACAUGAACUUUUCCCUUCAAUCUGCAGGUUUAGUGUGGUAGCAUACUGUAGCAGCAGUCGACGCAUCUGUGUGGGGGCGAGGAAUGGAGGCGUGGCCUUCUACGAGCUCAAGCAACAUUCCAAAUGUCAGGUGAUUCCAGCCCAUAAAGGUGCAGUCAUUGCUGUCAGCUUCUCACCGGAUGGCAAGUACCUGGCGUCCUACUCCCAUGUGGACAGUAAGCUCAAGUUUUGGCAGACAGGCUCCUCUUCAUUGUUCGGUAUUGGUUCUCAGCAGACGAAAUGUGUAAAAACCUCCAACACUCCUCCGCUGACUGUGAACCCGCUGACAAACCUGCUGAAAAUGGUGCGCCUUGUGUGGGUGGAUAACCGCACCAUGGUGCUGCUGACCGUGGACGGCAAGGAGACAAAGUACUCUGUUUAACCAUGGUAACAGACACAUUCCCAUGGUAACUGACGUGUAGCCAGGGAAACUGCUUAUGUCCCACAUAACAUGCAGGAGUGAGUGUAACUGAGGGGUAACCAGGGUAAUGGACUUGUUAGUUUAGUAACUAACAGGAGCUGAGGUAAUUGUCUUCUUACCAUGUUGACUGACAAAUAACCAAGGUAACUGAUUGGUUACCAUGUAAACUUACAUGUUAAAAGUUCAAUUAAUUAAUUUAAUUUUAAUUAAGACCAUCUCCUACGGUGAACCUUUGCGCUUAACAUUGCUGUAACCUACAUGUAGAGGUCAGAAACGCCCUGCCUUUCUUGAGGAUAAAGUGGCACUUGCGUUUUUGAAUGGCAAUUAGUAUUAGGUCAACUUAUACAGUGCGAAAGCGUUCAGUAAGUCACUAAGUAGAUGACAUAUUGGGUGGAAAAGUUGUGGUUGUUUUGCUAGGAUGGUGCUUUAUUUGUCAUUUGAAAAGACAUUGUGGUUAAAGUACUGCAUGUGCUAAAUGUAUGGAGGCUCAUUUUAGCUGUUGAGAGAAGGUACCUGUAAAACUCACAGCAUUAUGAGACAUUGC